AUGAUCUCGGUUGAGGUAGACGUUUCUCCCCAGGAUACAAAGAAGCCAUCGGAUGCACAGCCACAACCUUCACAACCGUCACAGCCACUACAACCGUCACAGCCACCACAACCGUCACAGCCACUACAACCGUCACAGCCACUACAACUGUCACAGCCACCACAACCGUCACAGCCACCACAACCGUCACAGCCACCACAACCGUCACAGCCACCACAACCGUCACAGCCACCACAACCGUCACAGCCACCACAACCGUUACAGCCACCACAACCGUCACAGCCACCACAACCGUUACAGCCGCCACAACCGUCACAGACACCACAACCGUCAAAGCAACCACAACCGUCAAAGCAACCACAACCAUCACAACCAUUACAACCGCCACAAUCAGAAUCACAAACUCUAACGUCGCUCGAUGAUAAGGCUCUUGAAAAAGAGGAAGAAAAGGCACUGAAAGAAUUCAGUUUCUAUCAUGGAUUCCUUCCACGUGAAGACUUAUUAUUUUUGCUUAAAGCUCAAGGUGACUAUCUUUUACGCGUCAGUGAAGUUGGGGGAGAGAAAACGAUUGACGUGGAUUUGAUAAGUAAAAGAGCAAUAAUUUUAUCAGUUCUGACAGAAGCCGCUGCUGGUGAUUGCACAGUUUCAGUAGUGGGCCCACCAAAUGCUCAAGUUAAGCUGAAAAACAUAAUUAUUCGAAGACACGCAACAAAGUACUAUGUGGAAUCCAAUAAAUCAUUUGUUUCACUGAAAGAGCUGAUAGAACAUUACCAAAAGGUUCCAGGCUACUUGAAUAAGGCAAAGUUUAUUUUAAAAAAUCCUAUAUGCCAACAACGGUGGGAGUUUUUGCACAGCGAAGUACAGGUAGGAAAGCUUAUCGGAGAAGGUGCGUACGGAGAAGUUAGGGAAGGGACAGUGAAAAAGAAUAACCAAACGCUUGAAGUAGCCGUCAAAUUGACAAAAGGGACAGGUGAAAUGAGUAAAGCAAAAAUCAAGGAAAUGAUGCGAGAAGCUCGAUUGAUACGGAAUUUCAAGCAUAAAAAUAUCGUUCGAUUAUACGGAGUGGCUGUAGAUGAACAACCGUUGUAUAUUCUACUCGAACUUGUUAAAGGUGGAGCGUUGAACGUCUACCUUCGCGCAAACUCGGAAAAAGUUGACGUACUAGAAAGACUGUCGAUGUGUAAGGAUGCAGCCUUAGGAGUUGAAUAUCUUCAUAAACAAAGUUGUAUACAUAUGGACCUAGCUGCUAGAAAUUGUCUUUAUUCAUUGGACAAAGUGGUAAAGAUUAGUGAUUUCGGUCUUUCUCGAUUAGGUCUUCAGUACACCAUACGAACGGCAAGAAAAUUACCGAUAAAAUGGUUGGCACCAGAAACUAUCACCACAUUCACGUUUUCCUUGAAAACAGACGUGUUCACUUUUGGGGUAAUGGUUUUUGAGAUUUUUGCCAACGGAAAUGAACCUUGGGAUGGUCUAUCGAAUGCUGAAGUAAAAAAAGGAUUAGUAGAAGGUAAAUUUCUGAGGAUGCCUGAUCUUUGUCCAGAGUUGUUUCGUACAUUUAUUCGUGACCGCAUCUUCGUGAAGGAUCCCAAUACGAGGGCUACUAUGAGUGAGGUUUGCGCUUUUUUCAAGAAAUCAUCUGCGGAAAAAUUAUCAGCCAUUUCCCCAAGAACAUGCACAGACAGAGACGAUUGUGAAAAAUCAUUAUUUGAACGUCUUGUUAGUGGGAGCCCACCAAAAAAUAAAGCUCCUGGAUUCGAGGAUGUAAGGAAUAGCACUGGAACGGAAUCAUUUGAUAAAAAGCGAUUCAAAAAAUCGAAAGGAUUUUACCACAAGGGUGGUUCUAGAAGAAAAUGA